CAUUCUUUUACUAGCAACAAAAAAAAUUAUGAUAACACAUUGCUGAAAAAUCCAAAGUUAGGAUUAUCACAACAAUGGCAUCAACAUCUCUUGUACAUCCACUCAGUUCAGCCUUUUCUAUAAAUUUGUUCAAGAAUCAUCAUCAAACAAUCAGAAAACCUCAAAUUGGAAAUGGGGUUACUAGGAAAUGGGGUUUAAGAUUGUGGGCACAAGAGAAUUUGAUGGGUACUGUUGAAGAAGCUGAAAGGUACAAUACAACUAAGCGCAGAGAUUUGUUAAUGGGGUUGGGGUUUUGUGGGGUUACAAGUUUUUUGGUGGGUUCUUGUUAUGCUGAAGCAGCUGGAUUGCCACCAGAGGAAAAACCAAAGCUUUGUGAUGCUACAUGUGAGAAAGAGCUUGAAAAUGUUCCUAUGGUAACAACUGAGUCAGGCUUGCAGUAUAAGGACAUCAAAGUUGGUCGAGGCCCUAGUCCCCCUGUUGGUUUCCAGGUCGCUGCAAAUUAUGUUGCCAUGGUUCCCUCGGGACAAAUUUUUGACAGCUCCCUGGAGAAAGGUCGACCUUACAUUUUCCGUGUAGGUGCUGACCAGGUAGUCAAAGGACUUGAUGAAGGGAUCUUGAGCAUGAAAGUUGGAGGACUACGUCGACUCUAUGUACCUGGAUCUUUGGCGUUUCCAAAAGGCUUGACAUCGGCUCCUGGAAGGCCAAGAGUGGCUCCUAACAGCCCAGUGGUAUUCGACGUGAGUUUGGAGUUCAUACCAGGCCUUGAAUCCGACGACGAGUGAUCAUUUUACAUUUUUUUUUCUUGUAUUUUUUUCCCUUUGGCAUGUAUCUAUAAAGCUAAGGAAAGGCUCAUGUAAUUAUACUAUCAUUAUUCCUACUGCAUUUCUUUAUUAUAUUCACUUUUUCUUUGUUGUAUACAGUCCAGUUUUGCUAUUGUAUUUAGUUCUUGUAUGUGCAUAUAUGUACAUGAAUAUAGACAUGACAAAGAAAUGUUAAAGAAUAUCUUGAAGGGGA